CUCUUCUCCUGACAGCACGGGCCGACCGACACACCGACUCAACACACUUCAGAAGCCGAACAGCGAUUUGUUAUGCGGGCCGUAACAAAGUUGAGAUGAGAAACAUCGGACGACAGCGUAACUAAUGACACGUCUGAGCGAUAUGAUGGAAAAACAAGCCAGAUUACUAUCUUCGAAGCUUUUUCACAAGCACAGACAGGUAGAAGUUGCUCUAAACCGCAGUGUUUUGGCGUGGAAGGAAACUGAGAGGAGCAGAAAACGAAGCUCUGGCAUCAGCAACAGUGUUGAGACAGCUUGCAUCCAUGCUGUUCCAGUGUGUGAAAUAGUGGCUGUCUGCAAGACCACAGAUGAUGACCAAGACAACACAGAGACCAGGAGGAGUCAGAAAAAAGCAAAGCAGCAAUCCCAGCUGUAUCCCCAUGCAUUCACAGUUUCCUACAUUAGAAGAACAAGGCAGCACCAGUGGCGGUGCAGUGAUGUCACUUUCCACUCAGCCAAUCAGGGACUCUGUGGCCAGUGGAUACAAGUCAUCAAUGAGCAACUGACAUUACUUACCAACCGACCGAAGAGCCUUCUGGUGUACAUCAAUCCCUACGGGGGAAAGCGGCGCGGAAAGCGUAUUUACGAGCAGAAGGUGGCUCCACUGUUUCGCCGCGCCUGCAUUUCAGCCGACGUGAUUGUUACAGAGCGAGCCAAUCAUGCCAGAGACCACUUGAAAACAGAGGCCAAUCUAGAUAAAUAUGACGGGGUGGUGUGUGUGGGUGGAGAUGGGAUGUUCAGUGAGAUUCUGCACGGUUUGAUUACCAGGACCCAAACAGACAACAGCGUGGACCAGAACCAACCAGAUGCUGAGUUAGUGCCGUGUUCUCUACACAUAGGAAUCAUUCCUGCAGGGUCCACUGAUUGUAUCUGCUUUGCCACAGUGGGCACCAACGAUCCAGUGACUUCUGCUUUACACAUCAUUGUGGGUGACUCCCAGCCGAUGGACGUGUGCUCAGUUCACCAAAAUGACCUCUUCCUCAAAUACUCUGUCUCGUUGCUCGGCUAUGGGUUCUAUGGUGAUGUACUGUCAGACAGCGAGAGGAAGAGAUGGCUGGGUCCUGCGAGAUAUGACCUAUCAGGGGUAAAAACGUUUCUGAGUCACAACUACUAUGAAGGCACCAUCUCUUUCCUCCCCGCCGAGAACAACAUGGGGGACCCCAGGGACAAGCUGCAGUGUCGAUCAGGGUGCCGCGUCUGUCAGCACAAGCCCUCAUCAAAGGACACCCGGUGGGAGAUGUCAGGGGAGAAGGAAAAGUCUGAUAAAGACGGCAGCAGUGGUUGGAGUGUGAUCCGUGGCAAGUUUAUUGCCAUUAAUGCAGCCAGUAUGAGCUGCGCAUGUCCCCGCAGUCCAGAAGGCCUGUCGCCCUCCGCUCACCUCGCCGACGGCACCACGGACCUCAUCCUCGUCAGGAAGUGCUCCCGCCUGGACUUCCUCAGACACCUCCUGCGACACACCAACAAAGACGACCAGUUUGACCACUCGUUCGUGGAGGUCCACCGCGUGAGGAAAUUUUGUUUCCAGCCGCGGCAAUAUGAGCCGGUUUCACUAGAGGACCUGAGCGAGAGUCCGAAGAAGACAGGCUUCAGACCCAUAUGCUCCACCCAAACAUCCUGCAACUACAGCACCUCCCACAGCAGCUGGAACUGUGACGGGGAGAUCCUGCCUCAUGUUGCCAUCCAAGUCAGCGUCCAGUGCCAGUUGAUCAGGCUGUUUGCCCGCGGUAUCGAGGAGCAGCAGCAGUGUGUUUUUGAAGAUCCGUGUACACUGUGGGCCCCGGAGCCAAGCGCACACUAGUCAGUGGACUGAGAGCUCAACUGGACAUGUAGCUGCUGGAAAACAAGCGAGGUUGCAAUUGGCAACAUUUUUACUGGAGAAAUACAUGAAUCACAUCAGUGUAAAUCCAUAACGCUGGCGACCCAUCCCUCCUUAUUGUAUUUUGCCUAAAUGGACCUUACAGAAGUCCUCUCAAUGCAGAAGAAGGGGGAAAAACUGAGAAGGCUCCUAUCACCAGCCAUUUAGAGUAAAAAAAAACUGGAUGCUAAAGAGAAGUUAUACUGCAUGAUUUGUUGUUACUGAAGGGAUUCAGUUAUCUCCUUGCUUCCAUUUGGAGCUUUUAUGUGCAAAAUUGCCUCAUGCAGCUUUAACUAACCCAAAAUGUGAUAUGAUACAGCUGCUAGUGCCAGCUUCAGGUUUUUAUAUCUGUACUUUUUGGAAAAAGGAACAUUUUGAAGCUCAGAGGAUCUCAAACCGCCAGAUGAAACAGAGCUAAACUGGACUGAGCUGGACUCAGCCGCAACAAUCGGCGGAAGGUUUUUUAUACUACCAUGAAGGAGAACACAAAUAGGAUUCCUCCCUGUGUUGCAAAGUGUGACAGCCAAGGAGAUACUGCUUUGUGAAAGGGAUGAAGGAGAAAGGCCUGUGAAGUACACCGAUAAAAUGCCCCCAAAAAAUAAACACAUGCACGUGCAAUCUGAUCUUCCCUUUUUUGGAGGAAAAAAAUGUAAUCUGUGACCCAGGUGAAAGCAGAUAUGAGCCAGAAGCACUAAUGAAAAGAGCUAAAUACCCUGCUAAUACACUAACAGGACCCCAGUGGAUUCUGGGUAAUAAGGCAAAGUGGUUGCUAAGUGAUUUGGUGUGUCUCAGCACUGCUGCAGUGCACCUGUGGCUCUGAGCUCGGCUCCUCUCUGGCCAAAAACUACCGACAGUUUAUUCAUCACCUGGGAUUAGCCAGAAUCAUACAUUGUUAACUUUGUCAAAGAUAAUGCAUUGUACGACUCUGAAAUUAGCCUCAUUAGUUCCUUUUGUGAAGCCAGUCCAUCGGGAAUCCUACUCCUGCAUUGAUAAAAAUGUAUUAAACCACAUACACAACAAUAUUAUGUGUCUGAGAAGGGUUAAGUGUGUUUUCCACAAUCCCUUUUGGGAUGCGCAAUUAUUGGUGUGUGUGUGUGUGUUAAUGUAUUUGUGAAGGUGCCAAUGUGAUGAGUUAGCUCUAUCACAAUUAGCCUCAUGACUGCCAUUUUGCAGAUGCUCUCUCACUGCAGCCAACACACUGCUAACACAAGCACCUAUGGAUGAGCAAGGACAGGCACACACACAUUUCCUAUCUUUUAUUAUAUUUCUGAUAUUCGCUGUCUUUGUGUGCCACACACAUAUACACACUCCUUAACUUUUAACACCAUAAAAGCCUGCUCCUCUCUUUGAAUCCUUUCUAACUGUUAAUACUGACUCUGAAUGUCUAUAAUGUUUCACCUUCAGUGCUCACUUUUGUCAGCUUACAGUAUGAUGUUCUUUCAAAGAGUCGGAUGCUUUUAAAUCCUCUCAUACAUACACACACACACACACACACACACACACACACACACUGAAAUGUACAGGCAGACACAAACCGUGGAAGUGAGGGUAGUUUUCAGGUAUGAUCAAACGGAUUUGAAAAAGCUAAAGAAUUAGCAAUUUAUGAAUGACAUUGCAAACAAAGUCGAACUGAAACUUGAAUUCCCACUCACUUUUGUCAAAGGAAACAUAUACUGUCAAAAUACUGCAGCUAGAGCUAGCAAGCUGGAAAAACUAGCUUAGACCCAAGGCUUCCACUUAGAAAGUAGGUGCUAAUUAGCUUAGCUUGCUAUCAUUAGGGCUGAUUCCCAGACUACUUGUUUAUACUGACAUAAGCAGUGGUGGGAAAAGUAUUCAGAUUCUUUACUGCAGUAAAAGUACUAAUACACACUGUGAAAUUACUCCAUUACAAGUAAAAGUCCUGCAUUCAAAACUUAUUGAAGUAAAAGUACAAAAGUAUCAGCAUCAAAAUGUACUUAAAGUAUCAAAAGUAAAAGUACUCGUUAUGCAGAAUGGACCCACUCAGAUUGUUUUAUAUAUUCUAAAUAUAUUAUUAGAUUAUUAUUUUUGAUGCAUUUAUGUGAGCAGCAUUUUAAAUUUUAUCAAGGUAGGACUUAUUUUAACUACUUAACUACUACUAAUAUACUGUUAUGAGGUUUAAUUUAAAAACAUGUCUAAUUUUAAAUUGAUCAUGUUUUUUAUGUUAAAUCUCAACCUGUAAAGUAACUAAAGCUGCCAGCUAAAUGUAGUGGAGUAAAAAGUACAAUAUUUACCUCUAAAUGUAGUGAAGUAGAAGUAUAAAGUUACUUAAAAUGGAAAUACUCAAGUAAAGUACCUCAAAAUGAUACUUAAGUACAAUACUUGAGUAAAUGUACUUAGUUACAUUCCACCACUGGACAUAAGAUAUAACUAUAUUACCCCUAUUAAAAGCUAGCAAGCUGGAAAAACUAGCUUAGACAAUAGACUGUAUUAAUAAGGCUUAGACCCAUGGCUUCCCGCUUCCACAACAAGGAAAUUCACUUGCAACAAAAACAGAAGCAAAAGGUGUAAUUAGCACAGAUUCCCAGACCUUGUUUAUGCUAUUUAAAUACCAACUAUGAUAUUUCUACAAUUAGAAACUAGCAAGCUAGAAAAACUCGCUAAUACCAAUGGCUUCCACUUAGAAAGUUGGAGUUAGUUAAAGUUGGAGUUAGUUAGCUCUGCUUGCUAACAACCAUUAAUUCCCAGAUAUUACUAUAUAUUUGUACUAUUUCAGUAAAUGCUGACAUAAGCUAUAAUGAUAUUGCUGCUAUUGGACGCAAGAAAUCAACAAUCUAUACUAGAUUGGCUUCCUCUUGGAAAGUUAAUGCUGGUUGUCUUAGCUUACUAACUUUGUACUGAUUCCCAGGUAUUCCUUUGUGUUUAUGCUGUUACCUCCUGACUAUGUACAGCUAUACUGAUUAUUAGCCAAAAUUACAUUUUACUUUUAAAAAGUUGAAAUAAAAUCCUUUUUUAUUCAAUCUUGCUCAU